AUGUUUCCCAGUUUUAAUAAUCCAUAUUUUAAUAUAAAUAAAAAAUGUCUACAGAAAGAAAAUAGGAUUGAUAUGAAUCCAAAUAAAGUAGAGGGAACAGAAGUAACUAAUGAACUAUAUCUUCAAUUUCAAAAUGAAAUAAAUAUAUUUAUAAAUUGCAUAAAUGGACAUGAAAAAAAAAAUAAAGAAAUUAAUUAUGUAGAAACCUCCCAUGUAAUGACUGGUUCUGAAGACGAAUUCAUUUUUUAUUUAAGAAAUAUACAAGAUAACCAAGAGAAGGAAAAAAAUAGAAAAGAAAAACAAUUACAUAGUAACAUCAUUAAUUAUAGUGAAUAUAAUAAGAAUUAUACAACAACACAACAUAUAUGGAACGGAGGUGAUAUAGAGAAAAAACAAAAGAAGAAAAAAAAAAAUUAUAGUUCUAAUUCUAUGAAAAAAUAUAAUAUAAAUAAAAAUAAUGAAAAUAUAAUUUUCGAAAAUAUGUUAAAUAAAAAUGAAGAAAUUUUAAAUCACAAAAUUUCAGAAAUAAUAGAAUUUGGGAAAAAAAGAAAUGAUCCCAAUAUAUACAAUCGUGCAAAUAAAAAUAUUUAUACUUAUUUAAAAAAUUGUAAUUUAAAAGGUUAUGAGAAUGGAUAUAUGAAUAUAUCUGAGAACUAUAAUGAUCAUAAUAAUAUUAAUAUAUAUAAUUGUGAAGAGGAAGAUGAUAUAUGGAAUACAUUUAUGUUUACUAGAAAUGAUUCAAAAGACUCAAAAAUGAUUAUAGCUAAUUUUAUAAAUAGAAUAAAAGAUAGCAAGCAAGAACAAAAUAAUGAAGAUAUGAUGCUUAAAAAAUAUACACAUAAAAAAAAAAAAAAAAAUUCAUACCAAAGUAUAUGCAAUAAUUAUACUGAACAUUUAAAUUUUAAGAACAUAAAUAUGGAGAACGAACAAAAGAUAUCCUUCUCAAAUUAUAAUAACCAAUCAAAUGUUUUUAAAGAAUAUGAAAAGAUAGUUAAAAAAAAUGAAGAAAUACUCAUAUUAUUAUAUAAAAUUAUUUAUAAAUUAAACAUAUUUGAUAUUAAUAAAAAAUUUAAUAAAAAAAUAGAAGAUGUAGUUAAUAUAUAUAUAAUAAAAGUAAACAAUAUUAUUAGUACAUAUAAAUUAUUAUUACAAUAUGACAAUAUUCAAAGAAGAAAAUUGCUUGAAUAUUAUUUCAAAAAAAAUGAAAUAAUGUUGUUGAAAAAUAUACUAAAAUAUAUAAUUCAACUUAUGAGUGAAAUUAAACAUCAAUAUAGUGGAAUUAAAAAACAAAUACAAAAAAAAAUUAUGGAAAUACAAAAGGUAGCUUCUUAA